GGAUUCAUAUAAACCAUUCAUGCUGAGGAAAUUGGAAAGGCCUUAGGGGAGGGAGAAAAAUAGAGAGACGGGAAGAGGGAUAUAGACACAUAGCUAUAUAUCUCAGAAGCAGAGGAACUCCCUCCUCGGUCUUUUUCACGAGGCAGAGGACGGACAAAAGAGUGCAGCCAGCAGGCAGGCGUUUGGCACAGCCAGAUCUGUGAUUUUCAACUCAAGCCAGCGCAAGAUUAUGGUCAGUUUGCUGCUCAUUACAGUGAACUGUGCCAUCAUCAUCAUCAUCGUCGGGUUUAGUGAAGAGGGAGAAUUAUAAUCCAGAGAGGUAUUUCUUCAAAGAAGACAAAAGGCGCAAACUAAAGGACAAUAAAUAACAAACAUUCACAGCACGCUUCGUUAGACUCGGGUUAACCAUGCAAGCAGGAGGACAUCGACGGAGCGACUUCACUCUGUUUACACUGGCUCUGCCGGUUAUGCUGGUCGUCUGUGGAGUCCGGGGCUGUCGCAUUGGCUCUGGGUCAGCGUGUGAGAAAGCUCCUCUUGUCCCAGGCCACAAUCUGGCAGGAGAGGGUUUUGACGUGGUGCGGAUGCGUCGAACGGGGGCGUAUGUCAUCAAUGUCAAAGCUCAUCUCGCCGACAACCACACGUGCACACUGUGUCCAAACCGUUUCCAAAAUGGACAGAUUCAGAGGCUCCCGGCCGCAGUGCUGGACUGGCGUCCCUUCAGCCGCUGCAGUAAGCAGCUCUCUAGUGCCCUUCACCACUCUGUGGAGUCUCUGCUGCGCAGCUCCAACUCCCUGGUCAACAACAACUGGAACCUGGGGUUGAGUCUGGAUAAAUAUGGCACGGCAGUGCUCGGAGGAAGCCGAUCGGACUUGGCAAAGUUUGCUCACUCGCAGCACAGCGUGGACAAGGCCACUUUUGCUAUCCAUGAAAUCAGUUGCACCUACUACAGCUACAGACUGGCCGACCACCCCCAGCUGAGCGCAGAGUUCACAAAACAUCUGAAGAGACUCCCACAGAGUUUAAACACAAGCCAGAGCAGAGCGCUGUACAGGCGGCUGAUAAACACCUAUGGAACACACUACAUAUACCAGGUCCAGCUCGGUGGUAAGGUGAGGCGGAUCACCGCGUUCAGGACCUGCCUGGCGACACUGAAGGGUUUCUCCGAGUCUGAAAUCAACAACUGCCUGAACGCUGAACUCCGAAUAGCUCUGGGUUUCAUCCCCGCGAACGCAUCCUUCUCCAACAAGUGUGAAUCCCUCCUGAAGGGCAACAUGAGCAUGGGCUUCUACCAAGGCUUCAUGACUCAUAAAAUUGAAGUCAUUGGAGGCGAGAAGUACUUUCCAGACAUCCUCUACCAGCAGGACCCAUCAGACGCAUACUACAGCUGGAUGAACAGCCUCCACGACAACCCCGAUGUGGUUUCUUACGCCAUCUCCCCUCUGCACCACUUGGUGGAGGACUUGCAGGUCAGUGAUAAUCUGAGAAGCGUCAUUACAGAUUACAUUAAGGAGAACCAGCUGCAGGAACAGUCUGCCUCCAAGAACUGUUCCCCAACUCCCAAUCUGGAUCACAACUGCUGUCCUUUAAGGGCAGGCAGAGGGAACCUGAGACUGGAGAUCCACAGAGCUGCAGGUAUGAAGGCAGACACCUUCACAAAAACAGAUGCCUAUGUGAAAAUCUUCUACAACGGCAAGUACGAGGAGACCGACACGGUGAUGGACGAUAACAACCCAGUGUGGAAUGCUACUUAUGACUUUGGUUCAGUCGAGUUGGGCCAGGAGUUGAGGUUUGAAGUCUGGGACAGGGAUGUGCUCUAUAAUGACAUGGCAGGGAUAUGUGUUACGUUUCCCGAGAGAGGAACUCACUCGCUGAGCUGUCAACUGAGCAAAGGAGUUCUCUACUUCACCUACUCCACAAAAUGCGACGCUCACCUGACAGGCUUCAGGUGUGGACGGUACUCCCCCAAUGCGGAAUAAUUGUACCACCACUACCACAUUUAGAAGCACUGAAAGGCCACGUCCAGACGGAAGCGACACGAAACGUACAUUCUUUUUCCCGUAAUUUUUUUCUUAUUUAAAAAAAAAAAAAAAGACUAGCGGCAAAUCUACUGACUUUCUGCCAUAAAACUGAAUAUUUUACGAGAAGGAAAUGCACAAUUCUGCCACAAGAGUGACAUCGAACAUCACAGUGUGUGUGUAACACAGUGUGUGUAUCAAUCACUGAUCAGUUUUGGUUACUCAAGUCAAGUUUGUUUUCUCCCCUCUAUUUUAUUUUAUUAAAAAUCUCUAAAGACAGGAUGUGUUCUAGGACAUUUUCAAAAAAUACCAUUUGAGGUCGCCUAAAACACUGUCUCCGUGUGGAAGGAACGCCUCUCCGACAAAAACAGUAUGUGCAUUCACCUAAACCUCUUUCCGUGUGGACGGCUCCCCCUUCCACAGUGUUUUUGUCCUUGCAUUUCAACAUCAUCUCUUGUCUGAACUUGUGUUGUAAUCCACCCUUUAAUAGUAGAUCUCAGUGGAUUGAUGUAAAUGUCUUGUAAUGUCUCUAUUAACUAUUAAUUAUACUUUUUGCACACACUAUAUAUCUAAAUAAAGGCAUCUUGAUUCAGGA